AUGUCUUCAAAAAUCCGUCCCUUCAAGGUCGACAUUCCAGAUGAUGAAGUGGAGCGCUACUAUCGCAAGAUUAAAGACACACGAGUUCCUACACAAGACAUCGUACCUAGAGCAGGUACAGAUUAUGGCUUCACCACCGAGUGGGCAACGGAGUUGUAUCAAAUCUGGACAGACAAGUACGACUGGCGCGAGCAAGAGAAGGAGAUCAACCAAUGGAAUCACUUCUUGACCGACGUGGAAGACUUUACAAUUCACUUCAUUCAUCAUCGAUCAGAGAAUUCUGAUGCCAUCCCUCUUUUGCUUGUGCAUGGCUGGCCGGGGUCCUUUUACGAGUUCAGCCAAGUGAUCAACAAGUUGAGCUCCAACUCUACAUCACCCUCGUUUCACUGCGUCGUACCAAGCCUUCCUGGUUUCGGAUGGUCGAGCGGGCCACCUAAGGGCUGGACAUUACAACAAACUGCUCGACUCUUUCACACAUUGAUGCAACGUCUCGGCUACGAGAAAUUCUGUGUUCAGACCGGCGACUGGGGUCACUGGAUCGGACGCGAACUUGGUGCAAACUACUCCGACUCUUGCAAAGUCGUGCACUUCAACUUCGCACCCGCACCUCUGCCGGAGAAUGUUAACUUAACAGCUCGCGAGAAGGAAGUGCAAGGUAGAGUCGAUGACUGGCUGGAGAACCACAUGGGAUACGCCAUCAUGAUGCGUACACGACCUCAUACAAUCGGCUGGAUGCUACAAGACAACCCAGUCGGCAUCAUGGUCUGGCUUGGGGAAAAGUACAACGAAGCCGCUGACCCGGAAAAACAGAAGUCUUUGGAGUGGAAGAAGCAUAUCCUAACCACGGUCUCGAUCUACUACUUCAGCAAUUGCAUCAUGACCUCGAGUCUACCAUAUUACGAGAACAUCAGACACGAGAACUUUGCAGCUUUUGCCAUGAAGCCAGAGAAUAGAAUCAAAGCACCAUUCGGAUACACGAGCUUCUACUGGGACACGGAGCCCAGCUCUCAAAGGGCAGUCGAGAGAACGGGCAAUUUGGUUUUCUAUCGCGAAAGAAACGACGGUGGGCAUUUUGCAUGUCUUGAAUGUCCUGAUGGUAUUGUGGAAGACCUCAGGGAGAUUGUCACGGAGCAUUGGAACAAGUAA